AUGACCGAUGAUGCUCCUAUCACUAAGCGCUCCCGUGUUGAGGGUGGCGGCAGCACUUGUCACCGCUGUGGUGAGGCCGGACAUUUUGCACGCGAGUGCCCAAAUGUGCCUCCUGGCACCACAGGUGACCGCGCCUGCUAUAACUGCGGGCAGACCGGCCAUAUGAGCCGCGAAUGCCCCACGAAAGCUCCUGGUGGUGCUGGCGGUCGCGCCUGCUACAACUGUGGUGAGACUGGCCACCUUAGCCGUGAAUGCCCCACGAAAACUGCUGGUGGUGCCGGUGGUGCUGGCGGUCGCGCCUGCUAUAACUGUGGUGAGACUGGCCACCUUAGCCGUGAAUGCCCCACGAAAACUGCUGGUGGUGCCGGUGGUGCUGGUGGUCGCGCCUGCUAUAACUGUGGUCAGUCUGGCCACAUGAGCCGCGAAUGCCCCAACCGUGGUGGUGAUGGAUACCGCGGCGCCCCCCGCAGCCGUGCGUGCUACCACUGCCAGCAGGAGGGACACCUCGCACGCGACUGCCCCACCGCUCCGGCCGGUGGUGCGCCCCGUGGUGGUGAUGCCACAUGCUACAACUGCGGUCAGCCCGGCCACAUCAGCCGUGCCUGCCCCUCGAAGUAA